UUAGGGCUUGAAGAAUUGAAACAAAACGAGCCUAAAACGGCAGAUUUAAUCCUAAAACGACAGGCGAUUUUCUAGGGUUUAAAGAAAGGGUUGAUUGAAAAAACACUGACGUUGGUUCUCAUUCAAUUUUGACAUUCAUUCAUUUUCACAAUGGGAUUCUGGGGAAUUGAAGUUAAACCUGGCAAACCGGUUCCUUAUCAUACUGAUAACGUGCAAGGAAAACUUCACGUCACUCAGGCUACUCUAGGAGAUGGUGCACCGUCUGGUAAAAGCAUUCUUCAGUGUUCUUCUGGACACAAAAAUCCAGUUUAUGUGUGUACUUUGCUGCCUAAUAAGGUUGAGACGUGCUCUUUGAAUCUUAAGUUUGAUGAGGAAGACUUGGUGGCAUUCUCAGUCAUUGGUUCCCGAAGUAUCCAUCUUUCUGGUUAUUUUGUGGCAGAUGAUGGGGAUGACCUAAGGGAUGACUAUGAAUAUGAUUCAUUGGGAGAGGACGUGGGAACGGAUUCAGAGGAGUCAUCUGAAUAUGAUAGUGAAAAUGGAUACGAUGAUCAUUUUUUUGACGAUAGUGAUAUGGAAAUGUACCCAUCUUCGCCCGUCCCUAAUAGUGGAGUUGUGAUUGAGGAAAUACCCGAUGACAAGCCUGAAAAUGGAGAUGAUCCAGCAAAGCAAUCGAAGAAAAAGGAACAGCCAGCUCUCUUGAAAGAGAAAGCCAGCAAAAGUUCUCAGCUUCCAGAUGUCCCUAGUGGUGACAAUAACCUCGUUCUGGAAAGUGAAGAUGAAGAUGGUUUCCCAAUUUCCACCUCAGAGAAAGCUAAAAAACAAACCAACAAAAAAACUGGGAAAUCCAAUAAGAAGGAAAAAGAUGUUGAUCCCUCUGCUAGCUUAAAACGAAAAGGCCAAGCUGUCGAAGAGGAUGAGCAGUUGCAAGAUGGGAAGAAUAAGACAAAGAAAAAUAAGAUGAAAGAUCAUGCUAAGGAAGAAAUUGCUCAUGUAAAGGAGACUAAUGUUACUUUGCAAGAUGAAAAGCAUUCUGAGGGUGAGGAGGUUAAAACUACAACCAACCAGAACAAUGUUUCUCAUGAAAAUGCUGGAGAUGAUGUAAAACAAUCAAAUAAUGAAGUCCUCGUUGAGAAGAAAAACAAGAAGAAAAAGAAGAAAAAGAUCAACGAGCCUGAAGGAGAAGCUGCUGCUAAUGAAAUUACCACAACUGUUGAAAAUCAGAAGGGUUCCACCUCUGAGAAAAAAGGGAAAGGUCAAACUGAAGCCAAACCAUCUAAUGUGAUUACCUAUCCAAAUGGGUUGGUUAUAGAGGACAGAUUUAUGGGUAAACCAGAUGGCAAAAGAGCUGAUCUUGGAAAACAGGUCAGUGUUAAAUAUAUUGGCAAGCUAAAAAAAGAUGGGAAAAUAUUUGAUUCAUGUAUCGGAAAAGCACCCUUUAAGUUUCGCCUUGGUGUAGGACAAGUCAUCAAGGGGUGGGAUGUUGGCAUCAAUGGGAUGAGGGUUGGGGACAAAAGAAGACUUACAAUUCCACCAUCUAUGGGAUACGGAGACAAACGCGUUGGGCUUAUACCACAAAAUUCAUGGCUUGUAUUUGAUGUUGAGUUGGUUGGUGUUGGUAACUAACUUCAAAAUUUUGCAGUCCUUCAGCUUCUUUAUGGUCUGGUCUGGUCCAAAGAGGGUGACAGAAACGUUAACCGCACAUCAUUCAUUUGCCAUUUUCUCCGAAGUGGUUUUUCGCUGAUUCUGUUAGAGCUGAAAUUUUGUAGGAAAUUCACAGCUCUAUGGAAUAAAAAACAUGCAAUAUAUGGUUACAAUUUCUUCAUCCGUACAAUGUUGUUGAUCAUGUGGGGGUGAAUUUGAUGGAAUAUUUUUAUUAGAAGGUUGAAUUAUAUAUUUUUGGUACAA